AUGGAAGGAUCCAAGAGAUAUAAACAGCAGAGCGAUCCUCCCUCACGACUAUCGUCUCCAACGACCUCAACACAGCAUCGCCACCGUUUGCCUUGCGAUCACCGUCGACUCUCAAACUCUGAACUCGUCACUGUCUCUCUUUUUCGUUCAGUUAACAGCGGCUUCUUCUACGAAUACAACAUCUCCGCUGUGACAGAUCUUCGACCGCAUUUCUUUAUGCUUCAAGCCUUCUGUGAUCUCUUUUUGGUGAUUCUCCAAGGAGUGUUGAAGAAUGAAGAUGAGAGGAGAAGAGAGAAUUUUGGUGUUUUCUGUGAUGUGAUUCUUCUGAGCGUGAAGAAUGAACCGUAUCUGGAAGAUGUAGAAGGCAAGGCAAAGAGGAGAUUGUGGCUGCCAUUGAAGGACUUGGAUGGAAAGCUUGAAGUAAGAAGCUUGAAUAAGAAGAAAUCUUGGAGAAGAACCUUGAAGAAAUGA